AGAGAGAGAGAAAGAGAGAGAGAGAGAGAGAGAGAGAGAGAGAGAGAGAGAGAGAGAGAGAGAGAGAGAACACAGGUUUUUGUUAUCAAUUUUUCGUUUUCUUUGUUGGUUUUGGAGGGAGAAAUGUGGGAUCUAAACGGGUUUCCUGAUCGGAGGGGAUGUUCUUCACCAGUAGAAGGGGAUGAAGAGGAUAGUAACAGUACUAAUAAGGGUAAAGGGGUGGGGUCGAUAUCGAAUUCAAGUUCCUCCGCCGUUGUUAUGGAGGAAGAUGGGGGAUCCGAGGAGGAGGAAUCGGAGAAAGGGAGUCCAAGGAAACGAAGUAGUACAGGUGAUGGGAGGUUGUUUGGUUUUUCUAUGACGGAAAACUCAUCUUGGGACAGCGAUCCUCCAGUCACACGACAGUUUUUCCCGGUUGAUGAUUCCGAGGUGGGACCCACGACCUCCGGCGGAGUUGGUGAAGGGUUGAUCUCGCCGGCUACGACUUUCCCGACUGCUCACUGGUUUGGUGUUAAAUUCUGCCACCAGUCAUCCGAUCCUUUAGAUGGUGUCGCCGCCACAGCAGAUGGUUUCCUCGGAAAAACUACCCCCGCCGCCAUUGUUCCUCAGCCGCUGAAGAAAAGCCGCCGUGGGCCGCGUUCUAGAAGCUCUCAGUACCGUGGAGUCACCUUUUACCGGCGAACCGGCCGAUGGGAAUCACAUAUAUGGGAUUGUGGAAAACAAGUUUAUCUAGGUGGAUUUGAUACUGCACACGCAGCGGCACGUGCAUACGAUAGGGCAGCGAUUAAGUUUCGAGGAGUGGAAGCUGAUAUAAACUUUAAUCUUGAAGAUUAUGAAGACGACGUAAAACAGAUGAGCACUCUAACAAAGGAAGAGUUUGUGCAUGUACUAAGGAGACAAAGUACUGGAUUUCCAAGAGGGAGUUCAAAAUACAGAGGUGUAACUUUGCAUAAAUGUGGUAGAUGGGAAGCUAGAAUGGGCCAAUUUUUAGGCAAAAAGUAUGUGUAUCUGGGUCUCUUUGAUACAGAAGUUGAAGCAGCCAGGGCAUAUGACAAGGCUGCUAUCAAAUGUAAUGGAAAAGCCGCUGUUACCAAUUUUGAUUCAAGUAUAUAUGACAAUGAGCUCAAUUUGACUGAAUGCUCAAACAAUAGCAAUAAAGAUAGCAAUAUAUCAUCGGACCAUAAUCUUGAUUUAAGCCUAGGUGGUGGCUCGGCUUCAAAUAUGAUGAAUGAGGGAGGAGAAAAUGGUCAUUUUACAAGGGAUCAUCAUCAUUCUGACACAAUCCAACUUGGGUUUAGACCUAGUGGAUGGAAUCAGACUAGGACAUCGCAGCUUAUGGACCAUAGAAAUCUUGAAUCUUUUAAUAUUCCGAACGACAUACGUGGAUACAAACAUUUUAUGAGACCCGUUGACUCGUCUAUGCAUAGUAAUAUGUUUGAUCCACCGAUCUUCAACUCAUUGAGUCAUCAAAUGCAGUUUUCAAGCAGCACAAUGCAAGGAGGAAAUAAUUUAUCUGCGGCUUCAAUUGGUGAAAAUAAUAUGAAUGCGAAUGCACCUCCUCUACACCAAAUGUAUGCAAAAAGUGCUGCAGCAUCAUCAGGAUUCCCACAGCAAAGAUUCAAUGUUUGACUACUCCUAACCCCACCACAACCCCCACAGUUGCUGCAC